AUGGCAAUUCAACCAUAUAUAGGUAUCAUAAAAGCUAGCUUUUGCAUCGUUUUGGUUCUUAAUAUUGUGGCAGCAACCACAAAUGAUGAACAGAAGGAAUUUCAAGAAAAAUUCCUUAGCCAACUGUUUGAUCCAGCAUCUGGACUGUUGGAUGAAGACACGGCAGAGGUACUCUGGAUAACUUGUUGGGAAGAUUUGAUACAUCUAAAGAAAGAAAUUGGAGAUCUUGACUUGUGCCCCCAAAGCACCAAUGAAGUUAGUUCAGAAAAUGGAUUAAUAGCCAGAGAAAAUAUCCAAAAAUUGAUUAAUACCUGCUAUCCUCAAUUGAAGGAAAACUUUCUUAACUGUUUGAGAAAAAGUAACUUUCCAUUCCAUGUCCCUAAAGAAGAGGAUGACUCCAAGAUUUGGCAUGCUGCUUUUAUGGGAUCACUUUCUUCUAGAAGAUUGAGUCAUGUUUUGCCCCAGCGCAUAUCACAAACACCAGACGAGGAAGACAGUAGUUCCGAGGGUCAAGACUCAAAGGCCAAAAAAAAUAAGUCCAAGUCUUCUAAUCAAGAAGAAUCGCUUAUUACUGCCAUAGGUAUAACUGCAUUGGUGACAUUUUUAGGAGCAGCAUUGCUCUUUUUUUGUUGUUGUCGGUUAUGUGGGAGUGGCCAAGUACAAACUGAUGAGAGACCCCUUCUCAGCAUGAGCAUGAGUGACUACUCAGUUGGUUCUUCCCCUCUUCAUAAUUCUUGUAAAAAUUCAAUAAAAGAGGAGAAACUUGGGUUUCAAUCAUCAAGUAAAUCUUUGGUUGAUGACAAGAACAACUCAGUGCACGAACCUCAACCAGUAAGAAUUGCUAGUUCUGCUACUAGACCUUCAUUUGAACUUAAACCUCCUCCCGGGAGAGCAGUAACUGCAAUGCCUCCUUUGAAACCUCCUCCUGGAAGACCUAAUCGUCUUCCACCUGAGCCACCUUCAGUUAAGCCUUCAGUUGAUGCUGCUCCUCCCCCUCCUCCUCCUCCUCCUCCUCCUCCUCCUCCUCCUCCUUCUUCUUCUUCUCCUCCUCCUCCUCCUCCUGCACCACGAAAACCUGCUAGUGCUGGUCCUCCACCUCCUAGUGGCGGCCCUAAGCCUCCCCCACCACCACCACCUAGAGCAAAAAAUGGUCCUAGACCUCCACCACCUCCCUUCAAGGGUGGUGUAGGUCCUCCAAAAGCUCCUCCCCCACUUGGCCCAAAGGUGACUAAAAAUAUACCUAAUGGACCCAAAGCUCCUCCAUUUCCUAAUUAUGAAGGUGAUGCUCCUAAAGCCAAGCUAAAGCCUUUUUUCUGGGAUAAGGUUCAAGCUAACUCAGAUCAAACAAUGGUUUGGAAUCAGCUCAAAGCAGGAUCUUUCCAGUUUAAUGAAGAAAUGAUAGAGACGCUUUUUGGCUAUAAUGCUCCACCUGCAGCUGAUAAAAACAAAGGCCUACCAAAAAAGGACGCUUCCUCCCAAGAUUCACCUCAGUAUAUCCAAAUCAUUGACUCAAAGAAAUCACAAAAUUUAUCUAUUCUGUUAAAAGCAUUGAAUGUGACACAGGAAGAAGUUUGUGAUGCACUUCUUGAAGGAAAUGAGCUCCCUCCAGAAUUCCUUCAAACCUUGCUAAAGAUGGCACCAACGCAGGAGGAAGAACUUAAGCUUAGAUAUUUCAAUGGGAGCCUAUCCCAACUCGGCCCAGCUGAUAGGUUCCUGAAAGCCAUGGUUAACAUUCCAUUUUCUUAUAAACGAAUGGAAGCAUUGCUUUACAUGGGUACUCUUCAAGAAGAGCUCACUACUGCUCUAGAUUCUUUUGCAAUUUUAGAGGUUGCUAGUAAGGAACUAAGAAGCAGUCGAUUGUUCCUUAAGCUUCUAGAAGCUGUUCUUAAAACUGGCAACCGUAUGAAUGAUGGAACAUUCCGUGGUGGUGCACUAGCAUUCAAACUUGACACACUACUAAAACUAUCUGAUGUAAAAGGAGUAGAUGGAAAGACCACUCUCUUACACUUUGUUGUUCUAGAGAUAAUGCGCACUGAGGGCAUAAGAGCUGCACGCAUGGCAAAAGAGAGUCACAGUUUCUCUAGUAUAAAAACUGAAGACCUACUUGAGGACAUCUGUUAUGAAUCAGAAGAGCACUAUCGUGAACUUGGCCUUCAAGUGGUUUCACGUUUGAGCAGUGAACUUGAGAAUGUGAAGAAAGCAGCAGCUCUAGAUGCUGAUGGCUUAAUAGGAACAACUGCAAGACUAGGGCACGGUCUCAUAAGAACAAGAGACUUUGUGAAGGAUGACCUAACUAGCACUGAUGAUGAUAAAGGGUUUUAUGAGACAGUGAAGAGUUUUCUAGAGAAAGCUGAGGUAGAUGUCACAAAUCUGCUAGAAGAAGAGAAGAAAAUCAUGGGUCUUGUGAAAAGCACCGGUGAUUAUUUUCAUGGGAAUUCAGGGAGGGAUGAAGGAUUAAGGUUGUUUGCAAUAGUACGUGACUUUCUAAUAAUGUUGGAUAAGGUAUGCAAGGAGAUAAGAAAUGCACCAAAGAAGCCAGCAAGCCAAGCACCAAAGAAAAGUUCUAAACAAGACUCUUCUACUAAUUCUAAAAGGUCAUCUUCCUUCGAAAUCCGUCCUCCCCCUCCUAAUCUUCAUUCGCGGCUUUUACAGGCCGUCCCAGAUAGGAGGAUGGACGAUUUUAGUUCAGAUGAUGAGAGUUAG